GUUAAACGUUAAUUUAGCAGUCAGUCCCCCCUCUCGUGCACGCGCGCCCACGCACGUGGUGAGCCCAGGCUUCAUAAACAAGCCGCUGCCACUGAGCUGCUCAGUGUUUCCACUGAUCCCACAUCAGUGCAGCGGCGCAGAGAAGAUGGCACUGGCCGACACAGAGCUCGGAGGGUCCACCUGCGGGGACUCGGGCUCUCCUUUCUCAGAGAUCAUUGAGCUGAAUGUCGGGGGGCAGGUUUAUGUCACGCGGCACAAAACUCUCAUCGCGGUCCCAGACUCUCUGCUGUGGAACAUGUUCAGCAAGAAGUCCCCCAAGGAGUUGGCGAGAGACAGCAAGGGGCGCUACUUCUUGGAUAGAGACGGCUUCUUAUUCCGCUACAUCCUCGAUUACCUCCGGGACCUGAACCUGGUGCUCCCGGACUACUUCCCGGAGAAAAGUCGACUUCAGAGGGAGGCUGACUUCUUCCAGCUGCGGGACCUCGCCAAACGCCUCAGCCCCCGCGUGAGUAAGGACAAUUCAAUAAGCGAGGAGAUCAGCCAGAGCGACACGGAGGAAGGCGCGCAGCAGUGCGGCUCCUCCGGCACCAUGGAGACUUUACGCACCAUGACGGUCAGCUCCAGCGGGACCAUGCGCUCCCCUUCUCUGGACUCCAGAAAGUCAGGCUACAUCACGAUAGGAUACCGCGGCUCGUACACCAUCGGCAGAGACAUCCAAACUGACGCCAAGUUCAGGAGAGUGGCGCGCAUCACCGUGUGCGGGAAGACGUCUCUGGCCAAAGAGGUGUUUGGAGAAACGCUGAAUGAGAGCAGAGACCCGGACAGGCCGCCAGAGAGAUACACAUCUCGAUAUUAUCUCAAGUAUAAUUUUCUAGAGCAGGCGUUUGACAAGCUGACAGAGGCGGGAUUUCACAUGGUGGCCUGCAGCUCCACAGGCACCUGCGCCUACACCAGCAACGACCCAAACGAGGACAAAAUAUGGACAAGCUACACUGAAUACGUCUUCUGCCGGGAAUAACUAACAGCAAACAUGUUGAUUUACAAAGACAUUUCAUGAUGUGGAGGGGAAUGUCUUUAAAAAGUGUUGCAUCUGCUGUGCUGAAUGGUCACGUUGUCAGAGCGGGUGGCUGCAAAAUAUUGCUCCAUAUAUUCAGAGAAUUACUCCUGUCCAACAGAUAUGACCCCACAUUGAUUUUACAGAAUGGAUUUGUCAUAUUUUAAGUGAAUGUUAUAUAACUUGUAAAUUUAAAGUUAGAUUGCAAUGUUGCAAAUAUUAUUUCAAAGAUUUAUUGAUGGCUAAGUUUCUAAAAUGCCAAAAAUUGUGUUGAAUGCUCAUCAGAAUCGCGGCCUACUUAAAGCUUUAAUGCUGAAUCUGUUCAAGCAACCAAAGAGUCUGAUUUACUAUCAUAAAUUGCAGGGAAAGAAGCAAAUAUAACAUUUCAGAAGCUGGAAGCAGCAUAUAUUUGACAAUUUUGUUUGAAAAGCGACUGAAAAGGUUGAAAGAUCAUCUCAAAAAACUUGACAAUCAGUCCUUUUUUCAAUUAGUGUUAUGAUUUGUUGGGUUUGCCACUCAACCAAAUGAUCCAACACAUGAGAAUAAGCACAAAAAAUCUACUUAUUUAAGGUAUGACCACGUGACAAUGACGAAUAAUAAGAGAGAGUUACUAGCAGUGAGUCUAACGUUAGUCAAAGUGAGCGAAACGCCAUCAGUCUGUGUUUUACGACCAAUAUCAUGUAUACUUUGUACCACACUAGUAGAGGUGGAGUGCUUGUUAAUGGAGAGCGUUGCAGCUCAAGUAACUAGAGAAUUGUUUGAGUCGACACACGCCCAUCCAAAGAAGUCACCAAAUGCCACCCUCUCCAUCUCUACGACGUGCAUGUCAGUGUUUGUGUCAUUUCUGACUCAGUGCUGCGUGAACUGAUCUCCAUCCAAGAACAGACGAGCAGCAUUAAGUAUUCAGUGUCAUUGUAACUUCUAGGCUUGCUUGGUCACCAGUUUUGUACUCUCUAAGAAUAGCCUCUAAUCGCAGUUUUAUCACUGACAUGACUGUAAGUGUACGUGCUUGCUUGGUAGAGUUGUAUCUGUUCAAUCUGUUCUAAAGAAAUAAAACCUUGUACUUGCGUUUCUCUCA